GCUUUACGGCUUCCUGUUUAACGAUUUCCUGCUCCUCACGCAGAUCAUCAAACCUCUAGGCUCGUCUGGAACGGACAAAGUCUUCAGUGCGAAAUCCCACCUGCAGUAUCGCAUGUACAAAACGCCCAUCUUUCUCAAUGAGGUGCUGGUGAAGCUGCCCACUGAUCCUUCAGGAGAUGAACCCAUAUUCCACAUAUCUCACAUCGACAGAGUCUACACUAUACGGGCUGAGAGCAUCAACGAGCGGACGGCUUGGGUGCAGAAGAUCAAAGCUGCAUCUGAGCUCUUCAUCGAAACAGAGAAGAAGAAGAGAGAGAAAGCCUACUUGGUGAGGUCUCAGAGGGCCACUGGUAUCGGGCGGCUAAUGGUGAACAUUGUUGAAGGCAUUGAGUUAAAGCCCUGCCGCUCAAAUGGGAAGAGUAACCCAUACUGUGAGGUGACGAUGGGCUCUCAGUGUCACGUCACUAAGACGCUGCAGGACACUCUAAACCCUAAAUGGAACUCAAACU